AUGAAUUCGCAUAGGAAUGGAAAAGGAAUAUCAUUAAUUCUUCAUCGAAAACAAAAUUCAAAAUCAUAUUCAGAAUUUACUUGCGAAUCAUCUCCAACAAGUCCUAAAUCUAUAACUAAUUUCUUGUCACAUAACGGUCCGAUUGUUGAUUAUGUUAGAUGGCAAGAUGUUAGCGAGACAUCGACCAAGGCCACGGAACUGUUUUCAAGGAUGCACCAUGAAAUUAUAUUAACCAUUUUGAAAGAGUUGGAUUUUACUGAUAUUUUGGCCUUUUGUAUGGUAAAUAGAAGAUGUAGGUUACAUACUCAAGAUCCCUAUUUUUGGCAUUUUAUCCUAAAACGCGAUUGGAAAGAUUGGUUAGGAUUCGAAAAAGUUCUAAAACGUUACAAUAUAGAACCAGAAUUAACCGAAAAAUUCAAAUCUAUCGAUUACGAUACACUGAAUUUAAAACGAGCUUACAUGACAUUAGCAACCUUUAAAUACCCAAUGUCGGAAAGACGUGAUGAAUCAACGGAUGGCACCGGAAGUUGGUGGGACAAUGAAGAAUAUAAACUAAUUCCUUCCAAAGAAAGCGCAUUUGGUAGUGUUAUAAAACAAAGAACCAAAUUGUUUCAGCUUCAAGUUUGUCUUAAAUAUCCAUCGCGGGGAUGGUAUGACGUUGUGUGGAGAUUAAAAAUUGAUAAAUUAAUUGGAGAACCUGAAUUUGGAUUCUAUACUACCAUAGAUACGAUGGACCUUAAAACUCAAAAUACAUCUAGGCAAGUCUAUAAAUACAUAGCUCAAAAAUCUGAUUUCACUCGGGUUAUUGGCAAAGGAUGGUUUUGUUUCAUCUUACCCUACCCUAUCCUCAUCGAACCUUAUAAAUCCGUUCGAAAUAUUAAAGAUAUGAAUUUACGUAAAACUACCAAUUGUUUAUUCGAAUUUACCACUUUUAAUAAGAAUGCUCGAUGGGGACAUUCCUCAGAUAAUGGAUUUACGAUUGAUUAUGUAGCGUUGAGACCACAUGUUCAUUAUGACAUUCCUCGAGGAAAUCGGAUCAGUUCCGGGAGCACUAGUUCAAGAAGUAGUGGUAGCGCUAGUUCAAGAAGUAGUGGUAGCGCAAAAAAUGUCUCAAGGA